AUGAGGCUGUUGUCGUUCUCGCUCCUUGGAGCACUUCUUGCCUACGUCUUCUACACCGCGGGCCCAUUCGUCCAGCGCACACUAAGAGUGCUUGGGGCGUUCCGCAGCUAUCCAGAUGGCGCGUCUAUCAAGGGCGAGGUGGUUUUGAUCGCGGACACCAUCCACUGCGAGGAUGUCCAUUACCACGGCCCUAGCGAAACGCUUUUCACUGCUUGUGAGGACAACGCCGAGACCAGAUUCAAGUGGUUUCCUCCCCUAGCCAACUUUGACGAUCCUGAGCUCGGUAGCAGGAGCCAGGGCUCCAUACAUGUGGUCGAUCCCAAGGUUACAAUGAAGUCGCAGAGGCUGACGUUUGAGAACUUUGAUGGCCCAUUUAUCACCCACGGCAUCGAUGUGAUUUCCGAUGACGAACGGAGAGCAGGCGAGGCCGUGUACGUCUUCGCCGUUAACCACGUCCCUGAAGUCCAAGCGUCUGGACAGAAGGGCCCGCAUGCCCGUUCACGGCUGGAGGUAUUCCACCAUGUUAUCGGAUCGUCCUCCAUCAAACAUCUCCGGUCCAUUUGGCAUCCCUUGAUCAGAACGCCGAAUGAUAUCUUCGUCCAGAACCCAACCUCGAUAUACGUGACAAACGACCACCACUACCGCUUCCAUGGCAUGAUGCGGACCCUCGAGGACAUGUAUUUCCCCGCGAGGUGGACAGAGGUCGUGCAUAUCCAGCUCGACUCUCUUGUGGCAGCAGAACCGACUUCCGGCGUAGAGGCCAAGAUUGCCUCACCCAAACUGCACAACAGUAAUGGUCUUGGACACGGCCGGUCGAAAGACGAGGUCCUCAUCUCUAGCUGCGUCAGCGGAAUUCUGCACAUCGGUCGGGUCGAGGCUGAUGGGUCGGGGAAUAUCACGAUCAUCCACUCUGUUGAGCUCGACCACAUCGCCGACAACCCUAGCUAUUUUUCCGACCCCUACGCCACACCCGAUGACGACCGUAGCGGCUACCUCGAAGCUGGCUUAAGCCGCGCCAUCGAUUUGGCCAGCACCCACCGAGACCCGAACGGUAAUGACCCGGUGAUGGUCACCUACGUCAAGCCCGUCGCUGGGGGGCUCUGGGAGAAACGGAUCCUGCUGGAAGACGACGGCACCACGAUUAGGAGUGCUAGUGCAGCGGUUCUGGUGGCUCUGGACCCGGCCCAAGACGCGCAGGCAGGGGGGAGGAAAGCAUGGCUCUUUACCACCGGAUUCAUGUCGAAGAGCAUGAUUGCUGUCAAGGUGGAUUUAUAGUGUGACACAAGCAGCGCAUUAUGCCUAUUAGCACCCUCUUCACAUAGCAGCCGGCAUCGACCCCAUGGUUCCUCUCAUUUCCGCUUUUCAA